UGGUGAAAUACAAAGAUCAUUUGUUAGCCUAUUUUCUCUCUGUAUAAUAUGGGCGUACUGUAAGGUUAAUUUUACCGUUCAAUAUGGAACUUAGCAUUAUAAAAGGACCACAACUGGUAAUCGCUUUAGACAUAGGAAGUACUUACUCUGGAUACGCCUGGCAACGCAGAUCUGAGUUCGAGACCAAUAGAAACAAUGUUCAUUUUAACACAAGCUGGGGUGCAGGUGCUUUACAGCUCCACAAAACAUCCACGUGUAUUCUCAUCGAAAUCAAGAAAGGAACAGGGAAAGCGGUAAACAAAACACCAGAUGUCAAAGGUCUAAUUAAUGAAAAUAAAUUCAGUAUCACGGAAGAUGUAGAAACAAAAAUAGGACAGGAGGCAGAGAGGGCAUAUAGCGGCAUUGCCAAGAAGUAUAAAACUCAUGAGAUCUGUGGCCAAUACUACUUUUUUAAAAGUUUCAAAAUAGCUCUGUAUAAUAAGAAUUUUAACCGUAUGAUAGAAGACCAGAUAGAUCAGCCAUUUCUCUUGUUUGAUGUAAUGUCAUUGUUCAUCAAAGCAUUAAAGGAUCAUUGUUUGAAGAAACUACAGACUCAAGGAAUGACAGUUGAGAUAAACAAAACUCUUUUUGUCGUUACUGUUCCUGCAAUAUGGACGGAUGAAGCAAAGAAGUUCAUGAGAGAUGCAUCGAUAGCGGCUGGUAUUGGUAAAAAGAACUUGUUAUUGGCGUUGGAACCAGAAGUUGCAGCUAUUUAUUGUUUAAAUCUCCCUGAGGAUGAAAGACAAGACAUGAAUGAUCUUGGUAUGAAAGGACAGAAGUUUCUAGUUGCAGACUUGGGAGGUGGAACAGCUGAUUUAUUUGCAGUGGAAGUCGAAGAAUCAGGUUUUAUUAGGGAAAUCUGUCCACCACUAGGUGAUCCGGUCGGCGGUCAAAAUAUAAAUAGGGCAUUCCUGCAAGUUUGUUAUGAUUCAUUUAAAGGAGAUGACUGGCAUAAGACUUUUGGUAAAGCCACUCCAGUUGAAAUGUGGAAAAUGGAAGCUGAUUUUGAGAAAAAGAAGGUUGCAAUUGGGUCAGACGAUCAAGAUGGUGAAAUGAUUGAUCUGAUAGUUCCUGCAUCACUACGUGAUAGCUUGCAAAAUCAGUCAGUCAAGCUGAAGGAUACAAGAUAUAUUGCCCUUCAGGAUAGCGAGUUUAUGUUUAACUCGGAGCUGAUACGGAAAAAUCUUUUUCAGGAAACAUGCAAAAUUGUUUAUGGAACUAUAAAGAAAGUACUUGAUAAACCGGAAGCAAACGGAUUGAGAACAGUCGUACUUGUUGGAGGCUUUGCUGAAUCGCCAAUUGUCGUCGAAAAUAUCCGGAAAAUGAUUGCCAAUGAUUUUCAAGGAACAAAAGUUGUUGUACCAUCAUCGCCUUUCAAAGCUGUCUUGAAUGGGGCAGUACUUUUUGGUCAUGAUCCUAUGGUAAUCAGAAGCAGAAUCAGCAGGGAAACAUAUGGAAUAAGAAUAAACGUUAAGUUUGAUCCAAAUGUACAUGACGAGCAAAAAAAACAGAAGCGUAAGAUAACCGGAGAAGAUUAUUGCCAAGAUAUAUUCCAUAUACAUGUUCGCAAAGGACAAUCUGUUGUUUUGGGCAGUUCACAACCAGUUCAAAAAUACAAACCUAUGUACGAGCAUCAAACAAAGUUACGUCUUCUUAUUUACAAGUCGUCAUCAAUAAAUCCAAAGUACACAGACGAAGUUGGAUGUGAAAAGUUGGGAGAGAUCAUUGUUAACUUUGAAAAUACAACAGAAGAUACAGAGAAAUGUGUAGAUGUGACAAUGAUAUACGGAGGGACAGAAUUAUCCGUCAUUGCUAAAGACAACGUUUCGGGGAAGGAGUACAAAGCUGACAUAACAUUCAAUAAAGUUGAGAAAGAAGAGUAUCUAAUAUACGUCAGAUGAUUAAAUCACUAUAGUUUAUUUAUAGUGGUAAAAUAAUACUUUAUCAUUAACAUUUUGACAUGUUAUUGGCCUUGUUGAGGUUUUCAAACGUUUAUUUAUAUCGUUGUUAAAAAGUUCAAGUUUUUUUCACUCUGAACUCAUGAGAGAGAUAAACAUGAGAUGGAUAAAUUAUAUAUUUGCUCGACAUAUUUGAUACUGCAAGAAGAAAAAUAAAACUUUUAUAUGUUAUAAUUUGUAUUUGAAUACAAUAAACUGUUUAUUUAUGCUAAGUUUGUCUAAAGUUAAGAUUGUAAAUUGAUAUGCCUUAAUGAGUAUCUUUCGUAAAUUAUUUGGACUUUGUAGCAAUUCAUCAUUGAUUUUAUUCCAAUCCAUUAAGGCCUGAAAAAAAUGAAUAUCACGGAGAUCAUACGGAAAUAUUUAAUAUCUCAGGCUUGUAUUGCAAUUUGGCCUAGUCAGCAGGAGUUAUGCUUUUCCCAUAUUGUAUGGUGUCAUAGACCUAAUUUGAAUUGACAGGUCAGUACCAGUGUAAAAAAUUCUAAAAUUAUUAAAGAAUAUUAAAAGUUUUUUAAUGCAAUGUAUUAUUCUUUUCAAAGAUAAACCGUAUUGAUUAAAGAAUCAUUUGUUAAUUCGUUUAUUUACAAAAAGUAAUAAAAGUGGUAUAUACGAUGUUUCUGUUAAAUAACAUGACACUAUACCAUCGAGAAAUAAUAAAGGGGAAAUAAAUUGUUA